AUGCCCAGUGUCGAAAAGAUUCAUGAGUUGCUUAAUUUGGAUAAGUUGGAGCCACAAAAUGGCAAAUCCAGUACAAAAAGAGAGGAAGAUACCUUGAAUUUAAAGGUUACAACUCAACGAAAAUUGAAAUGGGUCAAGGUGGCCAAAGAAACUUCAGAUUUUACUCAAGCUUCAGAUGUGUCACUUAAUGUAAGAAGUCUAGCUAAGGGUACCAAAUUGCGUAUAAAAGAAAAGUCGACAAUUAAAGUGUCUAGCAAGCCAGUGAAACAGUUGAAAUUCCACCAGAGUGGAAACAUAAUCUUAUCACUGUCUACAAAUUUAUCUUUGGUGAAUGUCAACUCUAAAUCACAGCAGUGCAUAAGCAUUGACAAAUUCAGCGCAAUUGAUACCUGUUUCACUUGCAGCGGCGAUGCGCUGUAUAUCUUAGGGAGACGUUCUUUAGUUAUUCACGACCUUCAUGGCACUUACAGGCAAAUUUCUGGAUUUGGAACUCACAAACUUCUAAAAAUCACAGCUAAUAUGGGCGACAAAAACUUGUAUUCCAUAGUUACAGAUGACAGGUUGGCCAUGUUGUACGACACAAGAGCUGGGAACACAAUAUCUAAGUUUCGUAUGAAAUCAGAUUGUAAGGGAAUUGGUUUUGCUCCAAGAUCAAGCAAUUUGAUAUCAAUAGACACAGAUGGUUGUCUAUACAAAUGGGAUUAUGUCGCAAAUAAGAUGGAGGAAAUGGUUACAAUUGACGAAUUGUAUAAACCAACAACUCUAGCUAUUUCUGAUACAGCAGUAUCUGCUGUAGGCACUGAAAGUGGGUACUUGGGUCUAAUAGAUAUUUGCACACCUGGUUUAAAACUGAUUAAGUGUUUCGGUAACUUGACUACGGAAAUCACAAGCACUGCGAUUACUGGAAAUGGUCGUGUCGUUGCCGUUUAUUGUUCUCCGCAUAAGUCCAAUGGGAUACGUAUGGUGGAUGUAAAUUCACAAAAAAUACACUUAGAAUGGCCAAACCAAAAAAGCACCCUUGGCAGAGUGUACAGUGUGGCCUUGGGUAAGUAUUUGGCUCUAGGUAACAAAAAUGGUUUAGUCAAAGUGUAUAGCGUUAAAUAA